CCCCGUAACACAGUUAGUUUGGAUGGACUCACGGAAACAUUUCGCAUGCCACAUCUCAAUACUUCUGCAACCGAGAGGAGUCACGAAAAAUCUUAAAGAAAUCUAACGGAGCUAUACAGUAUUGUACUGUGGUCUCUCCAUGCGUCAGCAGACUCUCUUUUAUCCAGGCAAUUAACGAAAACUACUGUUGGGGAGUUACACCACCACACCCUUUCCUAACUUGGCCACAGAGACGAUCACACUCACUGACCACAUACACCAGCGGACAGUUUUAGGAUUAAGAGAAACCUCAGUGUAAACUUCAACAAUGGAGCACAGUGAAGACUAUGAGAACUACACUUACGACUACUAUGUCGAGUACGGCAAUAUGGAUGAUAUGAAAACUAGCCACCGCCAGAAAGAGACCAUGCACAUUAUCUCGGUGAUCAUCUACAUAAUUUCAUUUGUACUGGGCCUGAUUGGAAAUGGAACUGUCAUCUGGGUCACAGCCUGUAAAAGCAAGAAAACUGUCAAUAGUAUAUGGCUGCUAAAUUUGGCCCUGGCUGAUUUUGUGUUUGUACUCUUUCUACCCCUGUACAUUGACUACAUUCUUAGCGGGUUCAACUGGAAAUUUGGAGUGGUCAUGUGUAAGUUCAAAUCAUUUGUGGUAGUUAUGAACAUGUAUGCCAGCGUGCUUUUUCUAACCCUCCUGAGUAUAGAUAGAUAUAUUUCUCUGGUACACCUGAACUGGUCUCACAGGCAUCGCACUGUGCAGAGAGCUUGGCUUGUAUGUGGAUGUGUUUGGGUUGUAUCAGCAGCCCUCAGUUGUCCAGCUCUGAUUUUUCGGGACAUUGUACACGUGCAUGACAAAGUGGUGUGCUUUAAUAACUUCCAUGCUUACGACACUCAUUUAGCUGCAGUUAGGCAUAUUGUAAUUGUGGCCAUACGAACAACAGUAGGCUUCCUCUUACCAUUCACAGCAAUCUGUAUAACAGGCAUACUACUCUUGGUUAAAGUGCACCAGUCUAAACACACAGUCCGAAUCUCAAGCUUCACCAGAACAAUCUCUGCAAUUAUUUUGGCUUUCUUUUUUUGCUGGGCACCUUUCCACAUUUUUAGUCUGAUGGAGUUAUCAAUAUAUUCUUCCGGACACCUUCACAAUGUGCUAAUGACCGGCAUUCCUCUUGCAACAAGCUUAGGAUUUUUUAACAGCUGCAUCAACCCUGUUCUAUACGUGCUUUUAGGAAAAAGGAUUCGCCAUAUUCUGAAACCUGCGUGCCUCAACAUAAUCAAGAGUCCACUCAAAGAGUUGAAUCAGUCUAUUUCUGCGACAGAGGUGGAGUCAGUACCUGAGGCCUUUCAGGAGAGUCUCCCAAAGGAGCCUAUAGCUUUUUCUACUCUCUGAUUGGUCAAAAGUUGAUUGUAGUUGAUGGAUAACUGAUAAUUUAUCUAUAUUAAAAUAUUACUGUCCAAGGAUAAAAGUCAUUUCAAAUAAUAAUGCUCGCUUAGAUGACUGAAAGGUUAGAGUUAUAGCAUUUACUUUGUUUCUGUUUUCAUGGCAUUAUGUACAUUUGUUUUAUUUCCUAUUACAGAUUUACGUUAUUACAGAUGUGUACUGUUUGAUAUAGUUAUACUGUGUAUGGGAGUCAAACUUCAUUCAUAGAUACAUUAUCUUACAGAACUCUUAAGUGUCUGCCACGCAUUAUCUAAAGCAGGGGUCUCCAACCUUUUUCUUCCAGUGAGCUACAUUUACAAGAAGAAAAUGCAAUGAGACUUAGAGACCUAUAAAACAUUAACCUUUAUCCAUUUAUUAGUACACAAAGUUAAGCAUUAAAAUGAUACAUUCAUCAAAUUUGAGUCAUUCAGCACAAUACGUAUAAUUCAGAAAUCCUUUGGUGAGCUAUUUGGAAGGGGGUGGAGAGCUACUGGUAUCUCCAAAGCUACAGGUUGGAGACCCCUGAUCUAGAGGUUCCAUGUAUACACAAUGGCCAUCCCUCCAUCAGUAGCUCUAAACCAGGCUUUGGUUUUUUUUAGUGUCUGUUUCAUGUUUAGGAUUUCCGUGUUUUUCACAGAGCGCUCUUCCAGACUGAUGUAUAUCCAGAU